CGCUAUUAGCAUAUAUCGAAACUAUCAAAAUACUAGAGUGCAUAUCCUACAAACACUUUUCUUACCAUUCAAAAAAAUGGUUAAUUGGAUCACAGUUUCCCAAGGUGUAAAGGACUCUGAAUAUGGCAAAAUCGUGUUCUCUAACGUGAUGGUUACAAGGAAGAGAAACCACUUCAUCCGUACAUGGAGGACCCUUGAUGUCAAAAUGGCUCUAGGAAUUUUAAGUGUUCACUUGCUUGCACUUUUCGCGCCAUUUACAUUUACGUGGGGUGCAUUUUGGGCAGCCUUUACCAGCUACUUGUUCUUUGGAAUUUUUGGUAUAACUCUGUCGUAUCACCGUAACCUAGCACAUCACAGUCUCAAGCUGCCCAAGUGGCUUGAGUACACCUUCGCUUAUUUUGGAGUCCUAGCCUUGCAGAGGGAUCCCAUAUAUUGGGUGAGCAUGCAUCGAUAUCAUCAUCAGUAUGUUGAUUCCGAGAAAGAUCCACACUCUCCGAUCUUUGGAUUUUGGUUUAGUCAUAUGGGUUGGCUGUUUGAUAGCGGCUAUAUCCUUGAAAAGUAUCAAGAGCGGAAAAAUGUGGAGGAUUUAAAGAAUCAAGCAUUCUAUAGAUUCAUCCAUCGUACCUAUCUAUUGCAUCCAUUUGCAUUGAUUUCCCUCAUUUAUAUUUUUGGUGGAUUUACCUACCUCGUUUGGGUCAUGGGAGUUGCAACAACGUGGGGAUACCACGUGACUUUUUUAGUGAACUCAGCUUGUCAUAUAUGGGGAAGCCAAGCUUGGAACACUAGUGAUCUCUCAAAGAAUAACUGGUGGGUAGCAUUGAUUACUUUUGGUGAAGGGUGGCAUAAUAAUCACCAUGCUUUUGAGUAUUCAGCUCGACAUGGAUUAGAAUGGUGGCAAAUUGACUUUUGUUGGUAUAUGAUUAAGUUUCUUGAAGGAAUAGGGUUAGCCACCAAUGUUAAAUUACCUACCGAGGAUCACAAACAUAAGAGGUCAUUCGCUUCUCUUAACAAGAUCAAGUGAUCAUAGCCUCACUAAUAUAUAUAGUCUUGGUUCUUGUAAAAAGAACAUUUUUGGUGAAAAGUGUGAGAAGGCAUUGUAAUUGACAUGUAGGCAUCAUGUUUUGAAUUUAGGGAUCAUGUUUUGGGUUGUUUUGGAAAGCAAAAUACUAAACAUAAUAAUUUAAAACACAAUGCAAUGGAGUAUAGGCUUAAAACUUAAAACACCAUGCAAAGAACGUUAAGUAGUGUGUUUUAGUUGUGUUUUAAAUUUCAUGCCUAUAAUACAUUGUAUUAUGUUUUAAAUUGUUAUAUUUGGUGUUUUUUUUUGUCAAAACAUCUCCAAACAUCAAGACUAAAUCCAAAACAUAAUGCCUACAUGUCAAUUAUUAAGCUUUUUCACACUUUUUACGGAAAAGAUUUUUUUUACAGGAACCUCAUAUAUAUGAAGAAUAAAUGUAUGCGGUUUUAUUUGUUUCUACUUCUUGUUUUGUUAUUUAGUUUUUAAUGUAUGUAUGUGUUUGCGACGUGAUUUCUUCUUGUUUUGUCAAGUGUGAAGUGGCCCCUUCGUUCUGUUUGUAACGCGAAUUAUGCUUGGACGUUAUUAAUGAGCAACAAAAAUAUGUCUUUGUAUCUU